AUGCGGUAUAACAUCUCACCAUCAACAACCCCUCCCCCGCCCCCCUCCCCACCAGACAUUGCAGCGUCGUCCUCAUAUGCCGUCGGGGCGGCCACCCAUCCACAUCCACCACCGUCCUUCGUUCACGACCAGCAGCAGCAGCAGACAAUAGAGCAGCAGCAGCCCAUCGCCGCCGCGCUGCCGCCGCCAGGCACCUCGCCCACCCCCGCCGCUGCUGUCCCCACCCACGUCCUCACCCUCCCCCCGCCACCGGCACCCAUCCCCCAGUCGCUGCAAGAGGUCGACGCCGUCCCCCAAGGCCACAUUGUCGACGAGGACGAGCUCGAGGUCAGAUUCGACAAGGACCCACCACAUACGCCGCUCGAAAAGUUCAGAGCAAAGAUGGCAGAGAACCAGGCCGUCAUCAACACCUUCGUCGCGGGUGGCCUUGCUGGCGCGACAAGUAGGACGGUCGUGUCGCCUCUGGAGCGUCUGAAAAUCAUUCUCCAGGUGCAGGGCAAGAGCAGCGGAGCAAGUAACCAGGCAUACGGUGCACUAUGGCCGUCGCUCGUGCGCAUGUGGAAGAGCGAGGGCUUCGCGGGCUUCAUGAAGGGCAAUGGCAUCAACGUCGUCCGAAUCCUCCCAUACUCGGCUAUCCAGUUCACGUCGUACGGCGCGUUCAAGAACCUCGCGCUGCAGUGGUCGGGCCAGGAGGUGCUGAGCACGCCGUGGAGGCUGGCGUCUGGCGCAGCGGCAGGCAUCAUGGCAGUUUCAUUCACAUAUCCGCUUGAUCUCGUCCGCGCGCGUCUGUCGAUCGCCACGGCCAACAUGGCCCACUCGGGCUCGGCGGCGGCCUUCACCGCCGAGGACGCCCAGCUCGGCAUUGUCGGCAUGACCAAGAAGGUCUACCGCCAGGAGGGUGGCAUCCGCGGUCUCUACCGAGGAUGCUGGGCCACCGCCGUCGGUGUCGCACCCUACGUCUCGCUGAACUUCUACGGCUACGAGACGCUCAAGGGCAUCAUCCUGCCCCCAGGCCUCGACUGCGGCGACCUUGAGUUUGCGGCCCGCAAGCUGUCAUGUGGUGGUCUGGCCGGCGCCUUCAGCCUCAUGUUCACACAUCCAUUCGAUGUCCUGAGGCGAAAGAUGCAGGUCGCGGGCCUGUCGACACUGGGCGAGCCCAACGUCGGCGCCAUCGAGACGCUCAAGCUCAUGAUCCAGCGCGAUGGAUUCUGGAGGGGCUUAUACCGCGGCCUCGUCCCCAACCUGGUCAAGAUUGUGCCCUCGAUGGCCGUGUCAUUCUACACGUUUGACACGGUGAGCGACUUGCUGGCAAAGUGGACGCAUAUCCAAGAUGAGGACGAGUGGGCAUGAUGAGAUGAGCAUGAGCAAAGGCUCAGUGUACGAUUAGAGAGUCGACUGUCACGUUAGAAGGGUUUCUGGCGGCGCAGCGUGGCCAGGGCUGCGCGCCAGCGUAUCAUCAGUUAACUGCCAUAUUUCUUUCAUCGCAUCAUCAGAGCUGUGGACAAUGCAGUGCAUAGCAUCGGAAAACAAGAGGUUCUAACCAGAGGACCAAAAGGGGGCAGGGUGGGAGUACAAGUGGGAGUGGGGUGAGUGCCGGCAGUGAUGCCAUCAGAUAAGAUAAAGAAACCGGUCUAUAGCUUGGUGGCCUUGACCACAACUGGGAUCAUCUCGCCAGUCGUAAGCGGGUAUGCCUGGUGGCCUAGCACGGCGAGGAGAUUGCUCAGGAUGGCGCCGUGCGCCGUGAUGCUAAUGUCUGUCUCCUUGGCCGCGCCGUCAAAGAUGCGGUCCAUUGCCCGGCGCAUGCGGUGCUGCAUGUGGGCGUUGGUCUCCCGGUCGUCUGGGCGCCAGAGCUCGUCCUCCUCGGUGAAGCCCUCCUCGAUCUUGACCAUGGGGAAGCGUUUGGAGAUGUACGUCUGGGGGUUAGCGCGACCAGGAUCUCCCAACCCACCUUGGAGCUCCGGCGGUCACACGUGUGCGAGCCGUAGAUCUCACGGAAGUCCUGCGAUGGUUAGUAGUGGCCAACACACGCGACCCACUUCCCACGUCUCGGGUGUCCCCUUCAACAGGUCGCCCCAGCUGUUGAGCAUGGUCUGGCACGUCCGCGUAAGGGGUGAGACGAACCACAUGAUCUCGUCGGGGUUGAUGGGCGCGCCGUGCUCGAGCUCGCGGCGCCACGCCGCCUGUACGGCAAGCGUCUGCUCGUGGCCCAGCGGCGUGAGUUCUGGGUCUGGGCCCCACGCCAGCUCGCCGUCGCCGAGGAGGUAGGUGUAGUGGGUCUCCCACGCGUCGACUCCGUAUUUGCUCGCGGCAAAGUUGUGCCAGCCCUGCCCGUGGCGGCCGAGGAACAUGACCUUGUAGGACACGUUGGGCUCUGCGCUGGCCUGGAGGGCGGCGACAUCGCGACGGAGGUUGUGCCACCUGUCGGGGCUCUGGUCGACAAGUCCAAACGACUUGUCGAGCUGCUCCUCGAACGCGACGUGCUUGGGCUCGGGGCCCGACUGGAGGAAGAAGCCCGGCACGACAGCGUACGCGUACUUGUGGACGGGGUCCAGCAGCCCGGGCGACGUGAGCGGGCCGCCGCUCUCGGUCGCUGCGACCGCCGGCACGUCGGGGUGCGGGUGGUGCUUUGCCUCGCUGGCUGCGGCAGAGAGGAGCGCGGCGGCCUUGGCGCUCAGCGUGUCGGCCUGCUGCUUUUGCUGGGGGAGAUUUGUCGCUGUCAUUGUGUGGGUGUGUUUUGAAGAGAAGAGAGAGAGAGAGUGGAGGUUUGGAAGGAGUGGACUUGUCGCCGCUGGAUAAUUUCUACGUCUAGACGCGUGUGGGUCUGCUUGACGAUGCUGACAGAUCUGUUACAGGAAUCGUCCGAGUGAAGGGCGAGUUGCUGAUGCAGCGCCUGUGUCCCGUUGUGGCCGGAGUGGACAAAGAGGAGAUAGAGUGGAAAUCU